AUGUCUUCGUUCGGUCGGUUCAUUUCUAUUGCUUCUGAUAUCAAUGCUGAAACUGUUUCAUUAAACCCAACAGAAGAAGAAACAGGAAAAACGUAUUAUUGGGAUAGUGAAUCGUUCUCCUUUGUAUUUCAACAUUACUCAUGGGUAAUAAACAAAAUUUCUCAAAACUUAGAGUUGGCUGCGUUUAUUGGAGAUAAUUUAAAUUCAUACGUUUUAGAUGAAUAUAUCAAUAUUGUUAUUCAAGUAUUCACAAUGAAUGACCGAAUUCUUCCUUUUAUUAAAUUCCUUAUAAAUAGAGAAUUUGAAGAAUCUCAUUCUAGAGAAGAGUUAUUUCGUCAAAAUACUCUUUGUACUCGUAUUUUAACUGCUUAUGCACGAAUUACUUCAAAAAAGUUUUUAAGCACAACACUUAAAAACAGUGUUUUAAAAAUGGUUAACACUAACCAAAGUUUCGAAAUAGAUGAACUAAAACUUCUUCCAGGACAAAUUUUAGGAUGUAAUUUAGCUGCUCUUCAGUCUUCAUGUAAAGAAACAUUAGAGAGUAUAUCAGCGUCUCGAUGUGAUGUUCCUAUUGAGAUAAGAACUAUUUGUAAUUGUCUUUGGGAGAAUUGUUUAAAAUAUUUUAAAGAUGAUAAAGAACUUCCUUCUCAAAUAGUAGGAGGAUUUUUAUUUCUGAGACUGUUUUGUCCAGCUAUUGCAUCUCCUGAAAACUUUGGUCUUCUUGGUGUAGAAAGUAAGGUAUCACCAAAGGCACGAAGAAAUCUUAUUCUAGUAACUAAAGUUCUUCAAAACAUUGCUAACCAAGUAACUAUAGCAAAAGAAAAGUAUUUAGAAAAAACCUUUCAAUUUUGUAAAGAACAUUUCAGUAUGGUUAAAGAUUGUAACCAAUAUAUCAGUACUCAAACAAUUAUUAUGACAGCCUCUGUUGAUGGUUCUGUUAAAUUCAUCAACGUAGCAAAUAUUAAAAUAACAAAAUUGUUUUCACUUCAUCAAAUUUUAUAUUAUUUACAUAAUGAACUUGCUAACAAAAAGAUUAAUGCUAAUGAUGUAGAAAGAAAUUCUAUGGAAGAGGCAUUUGAUGUUAUUGGAGUUCCACCAUUUCUUUAUACAAAGAAAAGUCAAAAAGAUAAUAGAGAACAAAGUGAUAUGGAAUUAGUUAGGUUACUUGAAAAAGAUCAAAUAUUUUAUAGAGGAGAUUCACUUCCUAAUGGACAACUUGUGUUUUAUAUUGCUGUACACAAGUUUAUUAUAUUUUUAAAGUCGUUAAGUUCUAAUGAAAAAAAGAACGAAAAUUUAGAUUUUAUUGAUAUUUUGAUGAUUCUUCUUACAAAUGCUGUUGAACAACAACAAUAUAUUUUUAUUCUUGAUUUUAGUUGGUUUUCUACUGAAGAAGUAACAGAGAAUAUUGUUAUUGAUAUUUGUUCAACACUCACUCUUAUACCAGAACAAAUGAAAAAUAAUUUCGUUCAUGCGUAUGUUCUUCAUGCUGGAAAAAAUGUUAAAAAGAUGUUAGAAGCAAUGGUAGUUAAUUCUGGUGUUUAUGGACUUCCUAUUGGAUGGAAUAAAUUAGUUGAUAUGGUAGAUGAUUGGCAAGAAUUAAGUAAAAUAUUUGGAACAACAGAAAUUAUGAUUCCAGACUCUUCUAAAGCAUUUGUUAAAAGAGAAUUUCACGCACUUAAAAUAAAUCCAAAAGGUAAAGCUCAAGACCGAAUUGUUUUAAUUACAUUUGAUGUACUGUUAAAUAUUGAUCCUAUAUCUAAAUCUAUUCUUAAUGAAAUUCCUUUAAAUUCACUCACUCGAAUAGAUGCUUAUGAAAAAAUUCCUCAUAUUAUUCUUCACUUUAACGAAAUUACACCAAAAGAGAAAAAGUCAAAUACUUCUAAAACAGAAAGAAGAUAUAUUUUAAAUAAUAUGAACUCCAGAGAAAUAUUAUUAACACAAUUGUUUGCUGUUUGCUUCUAUAAAGAAAUUCUCACAAAAACUAAAUUAGUUUAUGAUAUCCUAAAAAAAGGAAGUUACAAAAAAGGUUCUGGUAAAAUUGUUAUUUGUUUUGACCGAAUUAUUAUUGUUAAAGGAAAUACAAUAUCCCAUGAUAUCCUUUACGCCUCAUUAGAAAAAAUGUGUAUUGUUGAUAGUUUAAAAAAUAAGGACGUUAAAACAAUAUUCUUUGAAUACAAAAAUUUGAAAGGAGGUGUUAUUGAAAGUGUAACAAAGAAAUAUAAUAUUUCAAAAGAAGAUAUAGGAAUUAAAGAUGUUAUUCAAAGUUUAAUAUCAGGUGAAUUUUGUAAAACUUCAGCAAUAAACAUUUAA